UGCACGGGUAUUCACUCGUGCGGCCUCGCCCACGGCCCCUCUGGGCGGCCUUGGAGUCCUAAGCGCUCCAGCGUGUCCGCAGGUCGGAGAGGGUCAUGGAGGUGCCACCACCAGUGCCGCGGGGCUUUCUCUGCAGGGCACUGGGUCCUUUCCCCCGAGUCUUUGCUGCCGAAGCUGAGGCUGCCGGUUCGGAGACCCUUGCGGAGGAUCAGAAGCUUCCUUUCUACGUCCCAGAACCCCAUUACCCGGAAUCCGGAUGGGAUCGCCUCCGGGAGCUGUUUGUCAAAGAUGAACGGCAUAGAACUUCAAAGGAACUUCAGGAUAUCUGGAAAGCAGCAGCUUCCGCAGGCAUCAUUGGCUGGGCUUAUGGGGGAAUACCAGCUUUUAUUCAUGCUAAACAGCGCUACAUUGAGCAGAGCCAAGCAGAAGUUUAUUAUAAUCGGUUUGAUGCCGUGCAAUCUGCACAUCGUGCUGCCACGCGAGGCUUCAUUCGGUAUGGCUGGCGCUGGAGUUGGAGAACUGCUGUGUUUGUGACUAUAUUCAACACCGUGAACACUGGUCUAAAUGUGUAUCGAAAUAAAAAUGCCCUAAGCCAUUUUGUCAUUGCAGGAGCUGUCACAGGAAGUCUUUUCAGAAUAAACUUAGGCCUGCGUGCCCUGAUGGCUGGUGGUAUAAUUGGAGCCUUGCUGGGCACUCCUGUAGGAAGCCUGAUGAUGGCACUUCAGAAGUACUGUGGUGAGACUGUUCAAGAGAGGAAACAGAAGGAUCGAAAGGCAUUCUACGAGCUAAAACUGGAAGAGUGGAAAGCCAGACUACAAGUUACUGAGCAGCUUCCUGAGGAAAUUGAAAGUAGCUUACAGAAAAAUCAAUCUGAAGAUGAUGCUAAGAAAAUUGAAGCACUGCUAAACCUUCCGAGAAACCCUUCAGCAACCGAGGAACAAGACAAGGACUGAAAAUGCUCUGGAUCAUUGGAGAGUUAAAGGAAGCUGUGUUGCCAUGUCCUUUGAAUGCUAAUAGACAAGCUACACUUGGGUCAGCCUGCUGACAAAUGUAAGUGCUGGCACGUGUGGUGGUGGUAACUUGCCCUUUGUUUUGUUUUUAACCAAGAAUGGCCGUUGUACUCUCACUUUACUUAUCCUCAAUUUUCUUUUCUUUUUCCCCCAUAAACUGUAGUCCCUGCAGGUUAUCCUUAAAUUUUAAAUACAUAUUUAUGUUUAUAUUGGUC